CGUCAGAUCGCGUGGUGACGUCAGUCUUGUGCGACCCGACUGCGUCGCGUUGACAGGUCAGAAGGGUAACAGUUGUCCAGAACUGAGUGGCUAUCCAAUGUUACGUCUUAGAUUGAGAAAGUAAUCUACGAAAGCAUCGGCUCCUGCAGAAGAGUGUCGCAGGACAUUGAUAGUCACCGGGAUGUCGUACUGCAGAGAAGAAGGCAAAGAUCGCAUCAUCUUCGUGACCAAAGAGGACCAUGAGGCCCCCAGCAACGCUGAGCUGAUCGCAGAUGACCCCAACGACCCGUACGAAGAGCAAGGCUUGAUCCUGCCAAAUGGAGAGGUCAACUGGAACUGCCCAUGUCUCGGGGGCAUGGCCAGUGGGCCCUGUGGUUCUCAGUUCAAGGAGGCGUUCUCCUGUUUCCACUACAGUAAGGAGGAGGUGAAGGGGUCCGAGUGCAUAGACAACUUCCGUGCCAUGCAGGAAUGCAUGCAGAGGUACCCCGAGCUCUACCCCCAAGAUGAAGAUAGUGAAAGCAGCCCCCCCCAGGGGCAGUCCGGCUCCGCCCCUCCUACUGACUCUGAUCCUCCUGCCUCAACGACCCAGUCUGCUCCCUCUUCUGACAGUGAAGCACCUUCAGAAGGACAGAAUGCCAGCUAAGAAGAGCCCCAUCUACGGCUUCCCUGUUACCUCUGUCUGACGCCCGGUGGAGACCACUCUCCAGACAGGAGACAUCGGUGUGUGUGUGUGGUGCAAUUCAUCCAGACAUGUCGUCUGGUUCAGAAGAAGAAACGUAUGACCGGGAUUGAUGGAUAAUAAUUGAACCCUACAAUGUAACACCAAGACAAGUGGAGGAGUUUUAUCUUAGAAGGCUUUGUCUGUUCAUUUCUUAAAGGUCAUGCGGCUAUAAGUUUUACAUUGGAACAGCUACAGAAAAAAAUUAUCAAUGACAUUUUAUUUUGAUGUCUUUGUCAAUGCUUCAAUCAGUUGAUGAGUUUCUUGUCCAUUGUGUGUUAAUUAUCAAUGUGCUCCUGUUACCGUGUGACUGCUUUCCACUAGUUGUUUAAUAUGACGCUUGGCACAUCGUCCUAUGAGAUACUUGAGGAAUCUUUACUGUCGUCUGUCUUUUGCAUAAUAGUGUAUUUCUGAGCAGUUGAGAGACCAAAGUAUAGUGAACCUUUUUAGGCAAAAAUAACUGUUGGGGAAAUUAUUGUCCAUGUCUGAAUUGGGAACCAUUCAUAUGAAGGUUAUUUAUCACUGAUGUGUAAACUGGGUGAAUUUGAGAUUUUGAAUUAGUGACGUGUGUCAUUUGGACAAGAAAUUACCAAUCAAUUUUCUGUGGAAUAUUCAGUGUCUCACUGGUAUCUUCCUGCACUUGUAGUCCAACCCCUUUGGCACAACAUUAUCCAACAACGUUGUGUCCUAUGUUCUUGCAACAUUGAUGGUCACCUAGAAAGCAUUGUGAAAUCAGCACGGCUCAGUAUAAAUGGAAGAUACAUUACAAGUUUAUUUUCCGGCAAUGUAUGGAUGAGACUCAGAAAGGGUAACCAUUUGAAUUACCUGCCAUGCACGCCUUAAUGGGCAACACAGUUAUUUUAUAUGUAAUCCACAUUAAACUUAAAUUGACCAACAUCUACCAACAACUUUAUUUUCUUGU